AUGCGAAUUGUAUUGUGCCCCCUCACAGCCCCUGACGCCCCCGCAACGCAUUCAUGGACAUUCACCUUCAGACAAGAUGACCUGUCGUCUCGUAGAACCUUGUGUUCGGCAGAAGGGGAAACACCGCACUUGCACCCGCCGACCUCACGAUACGCGUGUAACCGAUCACGUAGAAGCCUUUUCGGAGUUGGUCGUGGAUGUGGAACGACUAUCAGCGCGGAGAAACUUGCUGCUGCCCAGAAGCAUUUCCAAGACCAUCGCGUCCAUGCCCCCGCCGGCCUUCUGAAGGCCAAGCCCCUCGACGUCUAUUUCCACGUUAUCUACGCGAACGGGACACUUGAGGGUGGCGCUGUUCCGGACUCCUUCAUCACGGACCAAAUACAGGUCUUGAACGAAGACUUCGCCUCCUCCGGUCUCGGCUUCAACCUCAAGAGCGUGGCCCGCAUUGAAAAUGCCGAAUGGUUCAGCAAGCUUGGUCCCUACGACACGGCUGACAUGGACACCGAGAUGAAGAAGACCUACCGCCAGGGCGGGGCAGGGGACCUAAAUGUCUAUACCGUCGGGUUCGAGGUCGGCGAAGCGCAGGGUCUACUUGGAUACGCCACCUUCCCUUCUGACUACAAGGAGUUCCCCACCGACGAUGGUGUCGUGAUGCUCCACUCUUCACUGCCUGGAGGAUCCAGCGCCCCAUACAACCUCGGCAGGACACUGACCCACGAGGUUGGUCACUGGGUCGGCCUCUACCACACCUUCGAGGGUGGCUGCAACGGCGGCGACGAAGUAGAGGACACCGCUCCUGAAGACGAACCCGCCUUCGGAUGCCCAGCUGGUCGAGAUACCUGCCCAGGCGGAGGUGCUGAUCCCAUUCACAACUUCAUGGAUUACAGCGACGAUAGCUGCAUGACCUCCUUCACUCCAGGACAAAUAACGCGCUUCAAGGACCAGAUUGCUACCUACCGCUCUAUCACGGACGAGAUCGUCGACUUCGAGGCAUAA